AUGUGCGUGGCCACGGUGCCCGAUGCUUCAAAAUACGUCAUGCUCGAUCGCGAGUACGAAGAGUCGUCCCGCGAUGGUCUUCGUUACAAGCAGAACAGUCUGUCCGAGACGCACGUCUUCGAUGUUCGCGAUGAGCGCGGCGCACUAUCGGAGCGCAUGCAGCAGGUGCGCAAGUGGCAGAAGCAGAUGCGGCAGAAGUUUGAUAACAAGGGUGGCCAGGUGCCAGUCAAACAUCGUGAGGCAUCUGUGGCCGUGCGCCCCAGCUGGAAGGUGCUGGAGGAGAUGGACUUCCCACGCCUCUUCAAGCUCUCUCUGCCGGCCGUCGGGGAGGGCCACGACGUAUACCGGUGCGGAGCAGUCGAGUUCUACGACAAGGCCUACAACCUGGUCACGUGCAAGAACGAGCGACCCCUGCAGCGCAUCAACCGCAUCUUCCACAAGGUCACCACCACUGACGACCCCAUCAUCCGGCAGCGCGCAUUGUGUGACACCUCCUGUCUUUUGUUGGCCGCCCUUUGCAGUUACCGAAUAAACACGAACCUGAGUUCCCGAGUGGGCCACCUGAACCCGGCUUGGAACGAACCGAACCCCGAUCUCUAUGAGCAGUUCCUGAAGGCCAUGAAGCUGACAGGCGAAGAGUUCCUAGAACGCGUGCGCUUUUAUGCUACAGCAUGGUUGCCUGCCCGGGAGCUUGUCCUAAAUGCUCUGCAGCAGCGACAAAAGGUUGGCGAUGCGGGCUCCAUCAUGAUAAUGGAGCGUGGCGGCUGCCCUUGGAAGGACCACCUGCUGACCCUCGAGGAGGAGCUGUCCAUCCCGGGCGAGGUCAAGAUGGUCCUGUACCAGGACCAAGACGGCAGCAGCUGGCGGGUGCAGGGCGUGCCGGUGGCGCUGGGCUCCUUCGAGUGCCGGGUGCACCUUCCCGAGAAGUGGCGAGGUCUGCGGGACGAGGAGCUCUCGCGGGUGAGCGGAAUCGACGGCUGCGUCUUCGUCCACUCCAGUGGCUUCAUAGGUGGCAACAAGACGAAGGAAGGCGCCCUUGAGAUGGCCACGCGGACCAUCAAGGGCAACGUAUAGCCACAAGGCAUUGUCCAGGGCUAUGUGGUUCAAGGCGAUGUUGGCCGUGGCGACGAGGGCGAAGCCGACGAUCACGAAAGUGAUCUCGAAGAUGUGGUCCUGUUCGAAUAAAUUAAGCU